AUGACUUCGCUUUCACCAAAGUGGGUUGAAACUUUGCUAGCGGUUUUAUCCGUUCCCUUUCACAGGACCAGGUUUCCUUAUAUGCAGAAUUUUCACAGAUUUUAUAUUCUCGGUCUGGAGACAAGCUGUGAUGAUACGGGUGCAGCAGUUCUUAAUCGAACUGGAGAAAUAGUUUCUGAGUGUGUACAGUCUCAAACGAAAUUCACUUCCAUAAUUUUUAACCUUCCUUUUUCUGUCGCUACAAAGGAACUCGAUGCGAUUGCUGUAACUGUAAAACCUGGUAUGCCUUUGUCUCUAAAAGUUGGUGUGAAUUAUGCCAAAGAAAUAGCUCGACAGCAUGCGUUACCUAUAAUUCCGGUACAUCACAUGGAAGCACAUGCACUGAUGAUCAUUCCAAACUAUACUUUACAGUUAUCCGUUCCAUUAGUGAUAGGUUGUUUUCUGAGAUGGUCCCAACUCAGCGAAAAAAUCGAUGUCAUUUGUUCAAAAUUACCCUUAAUUACGAAUAGAUCGAUGUCUGAGUUUCACUCCUUGGGACCAUCACGACGAGACUGCACCUUGACCUGGUGUGAUGGCUUGUGCACCUCUCUGACCCAACGAGCUACACAGGAUGGCUCUUGUCAAGCAGAUCUAAUCAUGCCUGGAAGGUCAAUGGGAAGAGGUCAAACGAGGUCCAGUCUCCUGGUCCUCCAGGUUGGGGGUUCGACUCGAGUUAGGGUCUCAGUCGGUAAAAUGACAGAGGACGAAUUGAUCCAAGUAAAUGAGCCUCUACUUCGCUUUACCCACUGCUUCUCGGUCGGGUUCUUGUCAGAACUAAAGGCUUUGGACGAGAACCCUAAUCGUUCUCGUGCUUAG